UGUCUCUUUCCUCUCGAUCUCUUUCUCUCUGGUCACACUCGAGAGAGAAAGAAAUACAAUUAAAUUUUCUUUUCUUGUUACAUUUUUCUACAAGAGUAAUGUAAGGAAAAUUGAAAAUUCCUUACUUUUCUCUUCCUUCUCAAGAUUCAAAAUCAACAGAUACACAUCAUAUCAAUUUGAGAUGUGGGUUUUUGUGAAUGUUGCAUAAAUGGGGAAGAUAAUGGAUCAAAGGAGAAAUGGGUGUUUGAUAUUUUCGUUGUUGGUUUUGGUAGUAGCUGUGAAGGGUGAAAAUUUGGUGUUCAAUGUGAAGCAUAAAUAUGGUGGGGGUAAUAAAGGGUCGAUUUUGAAUGAUCUUAAAGCGCAUGAUAGCCGCCGUCACAGCAGAAUGCUCACCUCCGUCGACUUCAAAUUGGGUGGCAAUGGUUCUCCCACUGAUGCCGCGCUCUAUUACACUAAGUUAUCAAUUGGAACGCCUUCAAAGGAAUAUCAUGUCCAGGUUGAUACUGGAAGUGACAUUUUAUGGGUGAACUGUGCUGGCUGUGAGGGAUGUCCUACAAAAAGUGAUCUCGGGAUAGACUUGACGCCGUAUGACUUGAAGGCCUCUACAACUGCAAAAUCUGUUUCUUGUGAUGAAGAGUUUUGCAUGCUUAAUACUCCCUAUUCGGAUUGCAAGGUGGGAAUGCCAUGUGAUUAUCAGGUUAGUUAUGGAGAUGGAAGCUCAACCUCAGGAUUCUUUGUAAAGGAUGAUAUUCGGUUUGAUCAAGUGUCAGGAGACCUUAAAACAACAUCUAUGAACGGGUCUAUAGCAUUUGGGUGCUCGUCUAGACAAGAACUAAGUAAUCCCAGUCAAGCAGUUGAUGGAAUACUUGGUUUUGGACAAGCAAGUUCGUCCGUUAUUUCGCAGCUAGCUGCAGCGGGAAAGGUGAAGAAAAUAUUUGCGCAUUGCCUAGACGGAAAGAAUGGAGGUGGUAUAUUUACCAUUGGACCAGUAGUUCAGCCAAAAGUAAAUUCAACACCACUAGUCCCCGAUUCGCCACAUUAUAAUGUUGUUAUGAAAGGAAUUGAGGUUGGUGGUGAAGUUCUAGACAUUCCCACAACCAUAUUCGACACGAGGUCCAGUAUGACAAUAAUUGACAGUGGCACAACCUUAGCAUAUCUUCCAAGCAUGGUCUACAGUGCUCUCAUCUACAAGUUGAUGGAACGGCAACCACAGUUAAAUAUUCGUCUUGUUGAGGGAAGUUUCCGCUGCUUUGACUACACCGGGAAGAUUGAUGAUGGGUUCCCAGUUGUAACAUUCCGCUUUGCAGAUUCGCUUUCUUUGACAGUUUAUCCACAUGAUUAUCUUUUCCAAGUCACAGAGAGUCGAUGGUGUUUUGGUUGGCAAGACAGUGGAGGAAUGCAGGCAAAGGAUGGAGUGGCAAUAACUCUGUUAGGAGAUCUUGUGUUAUCAAACAAGCUAGUUCUGUAUGAUGUUGAAAACCAGACCAUUGGUUGGACUGAGUACGACUGCUCUUCAACCAUCCAACUCAAAUAUGAAAGCUCUGGAAGCGCGUAUACUGUGGCUUCUCACAAUGUUUCAUCAUCUUCUACUGUGGAUUCAGGGAAGGCUUUUACAUUCUUCUUGCUAAUCAUUUCCAUCCUGUAUAAUUUGUUGAAGUGAUAUAAUAAACAGCUGUACAGGUGGUCAUUUUUGUACCAUAAUAUUCAGAAAUUUAAAGGUUUCAGAGAUGUUUCAUUGGGCAUAUAAUCCUUUUCCUCUGUUACUUUCUGAUGAAACUGUCAUUAGCAGUUUCUCUUAUGUGCUGAAACAUGUAAGAACAGUUCAUAUAGAAGCUGGUCAAGUAUUUAUCUCUU